AUGCUGUCCGACUGGACCAAGCUGGGCCCGUGCUUAGACUUCUACAUGGCUGCGCAGCACCAGAAUGUUCUGGGAAAGUUACUUGACCGCGCAGCUUGGGCGAUGAAGUUUCCUCAGCAUGCUGAGCUGCGCGAAGAUGAAGAAGUUGACUGGCACGGGCUGGCCGGACGACGCUUUCAGAGAGCCAGGAGCUGUUUGUCAUGCAGAGAGGAGCAGUUCCACAGAACAUUGCUGGCCAUCAUGGUGGAGCCUUUGAGGCACUUGCACUCUGUCUUCUUGAAAUUUGCCCACGCAGCCGCAGACGACCAGAACUGGCCUCCCUUGCUGGGAGAAGUAUGGGCGCCUUGCAGUAAGUAUGUGGCGGUUCUCCAGUACUACUCCAGCUUGCUCAGCGGCCAAGGCUCUCGGCUGCGCCUUCUGUGGCAGCUUGGCGGUCAUGCCAGCAUGGAGAGCUGGUUCUCCGAGGAGCCAGGGCAGGUGAGCAGGGUUCGCUCAAACAUCCUGAUGAUUGCCAGCUCUUUGCAUCGUCGCUUCAGCACCUCGCUGAACAAGUGGCCGUGGCGCUUGUUUGGGAUCGCUGACAUGCGCCGGCUCGGUGACCAUGAGAGCCUGAUUCAACAGUUUUGGGCAACACAGCCCUGCUGCUUGCCUGUUGGCUUUGCUCGGGAUCUCCGCACAAAUGUCUCCGAGGCAACCUUCAGAGCGGAUCUGGACUCCUGGAGAUGGGCGUUCUUGAUGACGGCGCUCACCCUCAAGCUCACGAUUGCUGGGGUUGAGCGUCGUCACGCGACGCACAAGCAGCAGUCCCAUCCGCAGAUGGCAUUUCACAUAUUCUCGGCUGACUCGAUUAUCAGCGAAUCCAGGCAUCAGCUGCUGAGUCUUGAACGGCUUAUUGCAGAGCGCCGCGCUCGAGCAGAUGAGGAGUAUGCAGCAGAGCACAGAGCAGAAGGACCUGGACAUGCUUCAACUUCUGCUGGCUCAUCAAUUCCUCCAGAGCCGAAGCUAAAGCGCCUACGAGCCGCAAGCACUUGGGACUUGUUCAGAUCCGAUUGGUUCAGACAGGAGAAGACCAUGGGGCGGAAGCGCUGGCCGGGCGAUCCUCACUGUUGGCGUGACUGCCGUGAAGAGUUUGACGCUUUGACAGAAGAUCAGCGAGCAAGACUGGAAGCUAGAUCCAGGGCAUCACGGGGGCUGACCGUCCCUUGGCUGCUUUUUAGCCUAGCCUUAGCUGAUGCGUGGAUGCGGUAA